AGUGUUUUUUGGCUCAGGCCGCCCACCGCUACAGGCGUGAGAUCUGCUGCACGAGGCGAGCAGUCUCAUGUGCGGCGGCCGCGGCAACAGCAUGCAGGUCAGCCGCCAGGCGGACGCGACAAGGCUGGGCCUCGGGCCCGGACCUGGCCGCAACAGCAGCGACGGCAGCCUCGGAGGCGCCACCGGGGGCCGCCUCCCGCUGGUGGACGCGACGGGGAUGCCUGCGCAGCUGGACGACGAUCAAGGCGGGAGUGCCGGUGGGAGCGCCGCGAGUCACGGAUCGGUCUCGGAGCGUGCCCCUUCCGAGGUGGGCAGCCACUGCUCCUCCUCGGAUCCCAGCGACAGCAGGUGGGGGCUCAGCGAUUGCAGCGAGUGCGAGAACAGCGGCAGUUCGGCGUCGGGCAGCUCCCACUCCGAGAGCCACGGCUCCCUGCUUGCGGGGGAGAGCGAGGUCGUCGAGCAGCAGGAUGCCGAGUGGCUGAAGGGCAAUGAGGCUCAGCACGCCGCCGGGACCUGUAGGCCGUGCCUCUACCACAAGACGAAGGCGGGCUGUGCGAAUGGCCGCGCCUGCAGGUACUGCCACCUGCCGCACGCGGCCAAGCGCAGGGCGCGACCGAGGGAGGCCGACGGGGUGCGCUGCAAGCAGCUGGUCGCGAAGCUAGACAGCAGGGGCGAAGGUGACGUGGAUGCCGUGUCGGACUUGGUCCAUGCCUGCGGCCUGAGCCGGUGGCAUAUGCGCAGCGUCUGCCGGGCGAGGCACCAGCAGCAGGGCCCCCCGGGGGCGGAGCCCGGCGGGCCGGCGGAGGCCGCCGCGGGCGAGACGCCGCAGCAGCGACUGAGCCGCGGCUAGACGCUCGCUCGCGGCUCCGUGGGGAGCGGGGA